AGUCUAUUGAAUUAAUCACAAUGUGAUAUUUUUGUCGCCGAAAAAAAAUCUGCUUUGUACCCUUUCCUGAGAAGGCGCACGAGUGAAAGGGAGCGCGAAACGCAGCAGCGCAUCGGUAGUCUUAUCUGCGUCCUUAUUAUGGUUCUUAUUGGGUUCUUCAUAUCUAUCUCUGACUGGGAAUCUUAAAUUGAAGUUAUGUCUCUGCGCCUCACUUUCCCCUCUCCCUCCGCAGUCUGCUCGGCGGCGCGUUCUCCCCGGCUGCCCUCUAAGAAGACGACACUUGAUAAAAAGCAGAGCCUCACCACCUUAGGCUUCGGCGGCGACAAGAAACAUGAACUAUGGCGUUGCGUUGAGGGUUGUGGGGCCUGCUGCAAGCUCCAGAAAGGCCCUUCGUUUGCCUCUCCUGAAGAAAUUUUUACGCGCCCUUCUGAUGUUGAGCUCUAUAAAAGCUUGAUAGGUCCAGACGGAUGGUGUGUUCAUUUUCAAAAGAGCACUCGAACUUGUUCCAUUUACGCUGAUCGUCCGUACUUCUGUCGCGUAGAGCCAGAUAUAUUCGAAUCUUUAUACGGAAUACACAGAAAAAAAUUCAACAAGGAGGCCUGCAGUAGCUGCAGGGACACCAUUAAGGCAAUUCAUGGCUCCAAUUCGGAGGAACUACGCAAUUUCAAUUACUCAAUAAGGAGCUCUUCUAGUUAGUUUUUAAGACUUGCGCAUUGUUACUGCUCCAGCUCUUUUUCGUUGCUGUUCAUUCUUAAAGCUGCUGGACUUUUCUGGUUUGAGUGCUCACAGAUGAUUCGAAACAACUACGACAACCAGAGAUAGGGAAAUCGUUAUAUUUCAUAGUAUUCCGAUGAACAAGAAACAUCGUAAUGCCAGAAUAGCCACGCAUUUACAUGAAAUUCCACAUUGUCCUCUUUUCCCCCAUACGUGUUCUGGGGAAUUUUCGCUGCACUUCAAUGCAGCAGUAUAGACUAUAGAGUUCUUCAUUGUGUAAUGGUGCAUUAUAAUAUGUGAUGAGAAAAAGGUUUUAUCAA